AUGGAAUCUUCUUCCAAUAUUAUUCAAGAUUUUAUAAAUAUUCCACAAAAUAAUAAUUCAACAAAUAAUGAAGAGACAACAACAGAUGUUCCAGAUUCUGAUACAAUAAAAAUGUUUAGUUGGGAUGAAAAUAAAUUAAUUGAAUUUUUUACUCAAUAUGGGCCGGUUUUUCAAUUAAAUAUUUUGCGAGAUAAGGGAAGUGAAGAAAGUUGUUGUUUUGUUACUUUUUAUCAUCGGAAAGAUGCCAUAAAUGCACAAAAUGCGCUUCAUAAUGUUCAUACAAUGCCUGGACUUAGCCAUCCUGUCCAAAUGAAACCUGCUGAUACUGAAAAUAGAAAUGAUCGAAAACUUUUUAUUGGAAUGUUAAGUAAAUCAAUGGAUGAAAGUGAUGUCCGUAAAAUUUUUAAUGAAUUUGGACAAAUAGAGGAAUGCAAUAUUUUACGUGAUCAAGGCAAAAGCAAAGGUUUUUUUAAAAUUAAUAUCUGCUAG